UUUAUUCUUUAUGCUAAAAUGAUUUAAUGUCAGGAGAUGUGUGCAUUUAUAAGAGCAAAUCUAUUCUAAUCUGCACGCAUAGAUAAACAAAUAACCAUUGGCAUUUUGACAUAUUGUUCAGACAACCAAAGUGCAUGUUUAUUUGAUCUCAUUUCAUGCUAUGAUUUCAUAUUCAUCAUACUAAGACUUGUAGUUUAAUUAGAUGUUAUAUUAAUAUUGCCACAAAAACAAUAUGUGUAUGGAAGGAAAGGGACUGCAAGGUAUGUUACACGAGUACAAACUGUACAAUGUGCAAUUUAUCAUUAUUAUUAUUUCUUAUGUAGGAACAUCAAUGUGUGAUAUUUAUGCAAUAUUUGAGUCUCAGGUUUUUAUUAAAGUUAUUCUUCAACGUCAUCAUUAAAUCAUACCCUAUAAACUAUAUCCCAUAAAUGUUAUAAAUAGGAUAUGAAUUGAAUGAAUUAAUCAGAUGAUUAAUAAUGUAACGCCUGUUGUCAGAGACAGUAGUGAAACAAUUUCAGGGCUGAAACAUUUUGUAUUUUCUCCUCCACAGCCUCGCGUCUCCUAUGACCAAGAGCGUUCCUCGUCGUUCUACUUUCUUUUUCUUCUUCUUCUUCUUUUUUUUAACUUAUCUAAACAGCAUGGUGAAACAUUACAGGGGCUUUUGAUUCGUCUUACUUGCUGUGUCACUGUCACAUUAUUCUGACAGAUACAGAAAAGCCUUGGCAGCCAGCUGCUUGCAAAAUAAAAAAAAAAAAUCCUAUCUUUCUUUAAGUUAGAUUUUUCAGUUUUGAGGCAGGAGCACAGCUCAGGAUUUUGAAGGGAGUCAGCCUGUCAGGGGAAAUCUCUGCUGCAUGGGGGGAAAAACUCCCCAGGGAUCACUCCACAUUUGCAGCGCGGUGGCUUUGGGACAAGACAGGGCAAACUAGGAAGAUGAAACAGUGCAGAGAAGUCAUACUUAUAUAAUCAUUUUCACUUUGUGUGUUUAUUCUUGUACAGCGAAUUCAGUUCAGUUAAAAACUGGCGUUCAGACAAACAAUCCAAACAGACAAAUCAACAAGAAUAAAGCAAUAAAAAAAACAGCCAAAUGUACAGUCAGAACAACGAAGAAGGUGGCAUCUCACUGCAGUGAUUGCAGACAUCAUUUUCCAUUACAUAGUGUUUAUGUGACUGUUUUAAAGUGUGCGAUUGCUAAUGACAAAAUAGACUAAAGUGCUGUCUGUUUGUGUCGGGGUCAGGGGGUUUUUGAGAACAUGAUGUACCUUUGUGUUGACUUCACCUUUGCUGGUCCUUAGCAGAUGUGUCCUGUCAUGUCCUGGCUGCUCUGCCUGAGCCUCUGGGUCAGCAUGACUGCCUUUCAGCUGUGUCAGGCCACGUUUUAUGAAACCAUCCACCACCAUCAUGGGACGAGGCCCGGACGAACCACCAUUCACAUGAUCGAGGGGGGCACAUGUGAAGUAAUUGCCGCUCACAGAUGCUGCAAUAAGAAUCGAAUCGAGGAGCGGUCACAGACGGUCAAGUGUUCUUGUCUGCCGGGGAAGGUGGCCGGAACCACCAGAAACAGACCUUCCUGUGUUGAUGCAUCUAUAGUAAUUGGGAAGUGGUGGUGUGAGAUGGAGCCUUGCCUGGAGGGGGAGGAAUGCAAGACGCUCCCUGACAACUCAGGCUGGAUGUGCUAUGCUGGCAACAAGAUCAAAACCACAAGGAACACGCAGCCAUACACAACAUCGACGUAUUAGCACUUUGAGGGAGAGGAUGCAAGGAAAAUGCCUCUGGUGCAAGGGUUAACUGACAGCACCGACAUAGGACCAAUUACCACAAAAACAAUGAACCUAUUGUUGCUUUAAGAAAUGUGAACACUUCCCAGAUUCGGUGUGAAAAAAAUCCAAGAACAAUGUAGAAUAUAUAAAAGCACAUGCUGCUCGAGGCUUCUGAAAAUUCUGACGCUCCAAGCUGCCUGCGAGGAACUUCAUCCUAACCGUGUAAUGAAUAUAGUGUCAUCAUUUCAUUUUAACUUUGCGAUGGAACGCUGAUAAAUGUCUGCGUGUGGACGAAAGGGUCUGGAUUGCAUCUGAUGUCCCACGUCAGACAUCAGUGAGACACACAACCUGUCAAACAAACAGCAGAGGAAUAAUCAAAGGACAUUGAGUGAGCAAGAAUUGUUGACUGCCCUCAGGAUUUUUCCUUUCUUUUCUUUCAGAAGUCGAACAGUACGAAAAAAAAAAAAUGUACAUACGUUGUUUGUCCUUUUUUGUGUGAACACAAACUCGAUUUAUGGUGGUGUUGAAUAUCGAUCAUGUCAGUCCCCGAAUACAUCCCUCUUCUUACCCACGAAACUCAGCGUGGCCAAACUGGUGAGGUGUGACGCAUCGAGAGGGAAAUGUUUUACAAAUACUGCUCAUGUGUCUUGAUACUGUACAUUUUACCAUGUGUUUGUAUGGUACUGGUUUGCCUAUGCUCGCGUCUUUAACGACAUACCCGGUACCACGUCAGCUCCCCUGAAAAUGGACUGAAUCACCAAAAAUGUGAUAAACGUAGGUUGUUUUUUUUCAAUACUUGAAAUGCCUUAUUCGUGUCAGAUCAUUCACACUAUGAUAUUGUACAUACAUCGAUUGAUAAUGUGCUGAAAAUUUCAUUAUUAAAGGCAUUGUUCCUGUAA